AUGGGAAUUUGGGACUUCAUUAAUUCCGGUAAAGAAACGUUGAAAGGAUACACACCGGAUCCGGUGAAGAAGGUGUAUAAUACUACCUAUUAUUACAGUGUAGUNUCUCCCUCCCCAAAUCGUGGGAAGGCAGUUACCAAAAUUUACUUUGACACAGUUCGUGAAAUGGAAACUAAGUGUCAAAAGAAACAAGACGAAUCAUCUCUGAGAUUGCUAGAUGGGGCAGAGAUGCUGGAAAGCAGGGAGCUGAAGUUAGGUUCUGAAAAUAGAGUUGAGGUUGAUUCAUUUGCAUAUCAAACACCUGAAUAUGUCCUGAGAGUCUUCAUGAUGGGCACUCGUUAUCUCGACAAUUUGUUGGUUACUGUGAAUUGGGAAAAAUUGAAUUUACAUAUUAAAGUGGAAUAA